GGCGUUACUUCAGAUGUCAAACGUGCCCUUCGCGUAGCGAAAGUAACUUUUUCCCAACACCUUCAAGUUGAUCGCCAAUCGUGCAAAGUCGUCACUUUGCGUCGUAGCUCACCGACUGCACACCGUGACGAUGUCUGACUCGGUGAAGAACGUGGCCGUGUUCGGCGGAACGGGCAUGACCGGUGCAGCCACCGUUUCCCUGGCUGCGGCAGAAGGGUACAACGUGACGGUGCUCGUGCGGGACCCCAAGCGGCUCCCAGAGGGCCACAAGGCCUCCAGGGUGGUGGUGGGAGACGUGACCAACCGGGCCGACGUGCAGAAGACCCUGGAGGGCCAGGACGCCGUCAUCAUCGUCUUGGGAACCCGCACAGACCUCAGCCCGACCACCAUGAUGUCCGAGGGUACCAGGAACAUCGUGGAGUCCAUGAGGGCUCGUGGGAUCUCCAAGGUGAUUGGCUGCAUGUCAGCCUUUCUGCUGUGGGAGCGCUCCAAGGUUCCCCCCCACCUGGUUCCUGUGACCGAGGACCACGACAGGAUGUACGCCGUGCUGAAGGAGUCCGGCCUCGGCUACGUGGCCGUCAUGCCACCUCACAUCGCUGACGACCUCCCCCUGACCAAGGUGUACGCGGUGACAGAGAACAAGCUUCAGGGCCGGGCCAUAUCCAAGCACGACCUGGCCCACUUCUUCGUCAGCUGCCUUUCCACCUCCGAGUGGGACGGCAAGACGGUGGGCGUCUCGGGAGACUACCCAAGACCCUGAGCACGAGCCAGAGGACCACUCAGGAGCCGUGCACGGCUGGUUUUGUGUCCACCGUGUCACGCCAUGGCCGCCUUUCACACGCACACCUGUGUAAGGAAUUAAAGUAUUUUUUGGGGGAAAUGUAUAUUAUAUUUCAUAGACUUACUUCUGCACUGACUUAAUUUUUUUUGCGAGUUGUAUUAUGCUUUUUGUUUCUGUUUCACUAUGGCGGAAAUGUACCAUCUGAUGCCCCUGGUUGCUUUCAGUUUGUCUGUUUACAGAUUUUGAAAUAAAAUACUUUAUUAAACACAA